AAAAUAACAAAAGAAACACUAAAAUCUGUCCAGAGGCAGAAGUAGCGAAACUCUCAUCUCGAACACAUCGACUCGAUGUGAAGAACUGUGAAACGCCCAAAAUCCGUCCUCUAUAGCUAGAAAUCCCAAAUUGAAACCCAAAAUCGAUCCUCUCUAGCUAGAAAUCUGUCCAGAUAUAGAAAUUCCAAAUCGAAAUCCCUCAAAAAUCUCAACCAAAUCAAAAUACCUCAAAUCAGAAUGUGAAUUCGAUUGGGUGUUUAUGAUACUUGUCGGAAACUUCAUUUUGAAGCUAAAUCUCAAGAUUGGAAGCUGGUUUGACGAGUUUUGGUUUUAAUUUUUGAAUCAGAGUGUGCGAAGAAGAAGACCACUGCUGUGGAAGUCGAUUCAAAGCUUCUUCAACUUUGAGAAAAAGAAUGUGUUCAAGUCAAAAAUCACUGUCCGUCUCACAGUGCAGUGACUAGGUUCCGACCGAGUUUGAUAUUUCUCCGCAUAAGCCCUGUAAUUUCGCAAGGCUCCACUUGUGGGAUUACACUGGGUUUUUUAUUGUUGUCCUGUAAUUUCAUAAGGAUCAGGGAGGCAGCUUAUUUCUAGUUGUUCAGAUGUGCCUAUAUAUGUGACCUAAGGCUUUGUAGGUUUAACGUUCACGAGCACAUUCAGCAUAUUUUGAUCGCAGGUGGGAAAUUUUCCAAAUGGUUAAACUGGAAAUGAGAGGAAUUGGACGAGGAAAACGUGGGAGAGGCGGGACGAGCUGUGGUCGUAAAAUUUUUCAAGGACGUGGCAAUUUUGGAGCGACGUCUCAGCCACACAUACAGACCGGACGUGUAUCUGAUGCAUCUGUAGAGAUGGGACAACCAAGUAACCCGAAUCAAGGAACUUUACAGAUCGGACGAGUAUCUACUAACUCUCUCCAAAUACCUUCUUUAGAAACACAAUCAUCACAAAAUGUAGCAGAACCUGUGCAUUGCUCUCCAGAGGCUGAAAAUUGUGCAAUUUCUUCCAGUAAUAAAAAAAUAGGAAGAGGAAGAGGAAAAUACAAAUCUAAAAGUUUAGAGGUUGUAAGUGAGAGGAACAAAAGAAAUAGAGAAAAUCAAAUAAUUAAGCAUACUUGUGGUACAAAGUCUUUUGCAGAAGUAGAGGAAUCUACGAGAAAUCCUAUUACUGGAGAAUUGGACACACCAGAUAAAGUUUGGGAGAUCCAACAUACACGCAAGGAUGAUAGAGGCGAACUGGUGUGGUUGGAUUCACAAUCCCAACAAAUUCAUGGUCAACUCCAGGAAGUUGUCGCUCAGCAACAAUCUGAGGAUAUCAAGCAUCCCAUGACUAGAGAUGAGAUUUUAUCCUCCGUUGUUGGUGAGAGAACAGGCUAUGUUCGUGGAAAAGGAUACAGAAAGAAUCCUCCUAAAAAGAGUAACAUUCAGCAUGCAAACAUAGAGGCCAGAGUGUCUUCUGCUAUUGAUAUUGUGCGUCAAGAGAUGCAAGCCGAGAUGGAUAGGAAGUUGCAAGAAGAACGUGAACAAAUGGCUGCUGAGUUGCGAAGAAAUAUGGAAAUUGAGUUGGAAAAGAAAUUGGAAGAGGAGUGUCAACACGCAAAUGAGGAGCGUCAACACGCAAAUGCAGAAACAGACAAGAGGAUCUCUCUAGAAGUGGAGAAGAAGAUGCAUGAACAAUUUGCUAGUUUCUUGACCAGAAUGCAACACCAACAGAAGGGACAGGGCACUUAGACAGUGGUAUCAUUCAAGGAUGGUGUGGAGCAAGGAGUAGUAACAAGACACUUAAUAUUUUGUCUUCUUUGGGAUAUGUAUAUGCGCACAAUUACAAUGCACAAUGAAGUGUCAGGUAGUAUAUAUAUGUAAUUGACUUUUUAGUAAUGAUAAUAUUUAUAAUGUUCGGCUUGAGAAAUUCUUUUGGUGUU